AUGAGUAACGAUUUUGAUGAAGAAUUAUUUGACAAGUUUUUUAGUUUUUUAAAUAGACGGUUAAUUUAUAGAUCCAUGAAUAGUGUAUCUCAGUUUUAUAUUACCAAGAGUGACAAAUCAACUGAUGAUGUUGACCCAACCGAUUUUCUAUUUUUUGAGUGUUUGGAAGAGAUUAUAAUAACCAAGAAAUGGUCACGAUAUGGUUUGGAAGGUGUUAUGAAUGAACCCAUUCAAUGUAUUUUAAUUAACAAUAAGGGAGAUCGUUCUUGUGAAUUCGAAUCAGCCUUCAUAAUAAUUUAUGCCAGGGAGCAACCACGUGGUGAAUUCAAAUUCUUGAUUUGUAAAGUUGAAAAUGAUGUUUGGAGUUUUCCUGGUGGUAAGAAAAUGUUUCCUUCCGAAUCUUUUGAAAACUGUAUCACUAGAGAAGUGAGAGAAGAGCUGUACGGUUUUUCCAUCAGCUCUAUAGAAUCUAGUAUAGGACUGGGACCACUAUUCUCUUUUGGGGGAAGCUCUGUUUUUGUGCACGAAGUGGAAUGGGGUAAAACUGGAGAAAUUGUUAAUAAUUUAAUUAAGAAUUAUCAGUCUCUUAAAAAGGAAAAUCAAUUAUUUGAUUUUGAUACUGAAAAAACAUCCAAAUUUAUCAAGGAGGAUGAGGAAUAUUUGGAUAAUUUACUAGAAAUCUCUAAAAAAUUUAAGUUUGUAGAAGAAAUUGUGGAUUACCAGUUUAUUUCAGCAGACGAAAUAGAGAAAAUGCAGGGUGGAAGAUCUUUCUUUUUGAAACAACUACAUAAUUCAUUUCAAAAAAAUAUUGUACGACGAUCCAUGCAAACAAGUAAAAGAAGUAAAAAAUUUAAACAAUAA